AUGUAUUUACCCAUCUUUUCUGGCAAUCCAGAGGAUUGGCCGUUAUUCUUCGGGAUCUACAACAAUACCUCUCAUGCUUGUGGUUAUUCGGACGUCGAGAAUUUGACACGGCUGCAACGAUGUCUUCGAGGGGAUGCGCUGGAUGCGGUGCGCAGUAAGCUGCUGAUACCGUCUGCCGUGCCGAUGAUCAUCGAGACGCUGAAGCAGAUGUACGGGAGGCCGGAAAUAAUGAUCUUUUCGCUGCUGGGGAAGGUGAAGGAGACUCCUGCUCCAAAGCCGGACAAAUUGGAGACGCUGAUAACGUUCGGCACGGUGGUUGGAAAUCUGUGUGACCAUCUGGAAGCCGGACAACAAGAAGCGCACCUGAAUAACCCGACGCUGCUGUUCGAGCUGAUUGCCAAAUUGCCCACCCAACUCCAAAUGGAUUGGUCAAUGUUUAAGGAUCAGUUUGUGGAAGUCAACCUGCGAACCUUUGCCCGGUUCAUGUCGGUGCUAGUGAAAGCUGCUUCAGACGUCACCUUGCCCGCGCGUGUCAAGCCCGAUCAGAGAGGCGCUAAAGCUGGAAGGAGCAGUGAGCGGAAUUUCGUUCAUGCUCAUUCCGAAGUGCGACCAUAUUCGGAAGAGCCGCCAGUACCGCAACGAGAUCGCAAUUCGGAAGCCGUAGAUAGCAGAAACUGCAAGGUUUGUAAGCAAGCCGAUCACAAGGUUCGAGAUUGCGAAGUAUUCAAGCGCAAGGACUGGGAGGAGCGAUGGAGGAUCGUGAAAGAGUUGCCGCUAUGUAGAACCUGCCUCUUUCAACACGGUCGGCGUCCCUGCAAGGAGAAGAAAGCGUGCGGUGUGCAGGGUUGCGAUUACAAACAUCAUCCACUACUGCAUAACCCGAAGAAAAAUCAGCCGAAUGUACCUGCUAGUGUGAACAGCCACCGAAACGAAAACCCGAAAGCUUUGUUCCGGAUUCUGCCAGUAACCCUGCACAGCCGCGGACGCUCGAUCGACGUAUACGCUUUCCUGGACGAUGGGUCGUCUAUCACGUUGAUGGAGAAUGGCAUAGCGGAACAACUGGGACUCGAAGGAAAAAGCGACGUUUUGUGUAUGUCUUGGACAGCGGACGUCACUCGAGAGGAGCCCAAUUCGAAAUGGGUAUCGCUGGAUGUUUCGGGACAAGGCAGCUCCAGGUGUUUCCCCCUAACGAAUAUCCGGACGGUGGAGAAACUUUCUUUGCCGGUCCAAUCACUCGAAUAUCGUCGAUUGUCGUCCCGUUUUCCCCAUUUAGCUGGUCUACCGAUAUGCGACUACGAAGAUGCUGUUCCCCAGAUUCUCAUUGGAAAUGACAAUGCUCAUUUGUCGGUAGCUCUUCGGAAGCGCGAAGGCGAGCCUCACUCCCCGAUUGCAACGAAAUCCCGCCUUGGAUGGUCCAUCCAUGGAACUUGGUCGAAGCCUGGAGAAACUCUCGUCAACUACAGUUUCCAUAUUUGUGAAUGUUCUUCCCAGUUGAGUAGCCUGCACGAGAUGGUGAAGCAGUCGUUUGCCGUGGACAAUUUAGGAAUUGCCGUGUGCCCGAGUCCAGAAUCCGACGAAGAUCGAAGAGCGCGCCGAAUCCUGAUAGAGACCACCAAGCGAGUAGCCGGACGUUACGAGACGGGCCUCCUAUGGAAACACGACUAUUUUGAAUUCCCGGAUAACUUUGCGAUGGCGGUGAAACGAUUGUCUUGUUUAGAGCGACGCAUGGCAGCAGAUUCUAUCAUCGGCGAGAGUGUCAGGAAGCAGAUUGCGGAAUACCAAGAGAAGGGGUACCUGAUCAAAGCGACGAAGGCGGAGUUGGAAGCGGCGGAUCCUCGACGGACGUGGUACUUGCCACUGGGCGUUGUCGCCAAUCCCAAAAAGCCCAGCAAGGUGAGAAUAUUUUGCGACGCGGCGGCCAAGGUUGACGGCAUUUGUUUGAACACCAUGCUGAUGAAAGGUCCGGAUCUGUUGGUGUCGCUGCCGAAGGUGUUGUGCGGGUUCCGAGAAAAGCGGAUCGCGGUGUGUGCCGAUAUCCGCGAGAUGUUUCACCGAGUGCUCAUUCGCGACGAAGACAUCCACGCGCAAAGGAAAUCGCAUCCCGAGCAGGAGCCUGAGAUACUGUUGAUGAAAGUGGCCACCUUUGGUGCUUCUAGCUCUCCGUGUUCCGUGUACUUUACGUCAAAAACGCGAACGCCCGAGAGUAUGAAGAAAGAUUCCCACGAGCAGCAGAAUCGAUUAUUCAUCACCACUACAUGGACGACUACCUCCAGAGUUUUGAUAGUCCAGAAGAAGCAGCGGAGACUGCUUUACAAGUCCGAUUCGUGCAUUCCCAAGCAGGGUUCGAAAUUCAUUCUUGGUCUUCGAACAACGAUGAAGUUUUGCGAGCUGUUGGAGAAUCCGACCCUUCCUCUGUGA